AUGAAGACCCGAAAAUUGUGCAUAAACGAGUGCAUACCGUACGUGCAGAAGUACGAGUGGGGAAAAGGUAAAGACGGGAUGGUUUACGACGUUAUGAAGAAUAUAGUGAAGGAGAAUUACGAUUUGGUGAAAAAGGACAUUGAUAAGCUGGAAUACAUAAAGGAGUAUAUACCGAAUGGUGAAGAGGAGCAGAAGAAGAGAAAGAAGAAAAACGAGGCGUCGGCAGCGGCGGACAAAAUGGGCAACGGGGUGAAUACUACCCCCGAGAAUGUUUCACCAGAGUAUAAGAGCAAGCAAAAGGAACAAGACAGCAACAACGGUAAUGGUGAAGUCAAAACGAAUGAUGCAUCGGAGCCAAAGUACGCAGAGCUCUGGAUAGGAAACCAUGAAAAGGGUCCAAACUUAGUACUGUACAAGAAUAAUUUUAUAAAAAUCGAAAAGUUCUUACAAAUAUAUGAAACGAAGAAAAAAAAAAAAGGGAAAAUUGCAAAAUAUUUUUACAAAAAAAUUGAAGAUAAGAAAAAUAAGAAUAAUGAUAAAAAGAAUUCAACCAAGUCCGAAGAUGUCAAUAGCAUUCGGAGCAAAGAAACUGAUGUCAAGAGAUACUCUGACAUUGAAUUUUCCUCACUGAAGAAUUAUUCCUUGUACGAAAAGUACGACAUUGUAAAGGAAGACGUUGAUAAGAAUACGCUCUUUCCUUAUCUGUUUAAGCUUCUGUCCAUUUCGAAGCCACUCAGCAUACAGAUUCACCCGAACGAAGUGCAGACCCUGUAUCUGAAUACACUGAACCCAAACCUUUACAAGGACAAAGUAUUCAAAACGGAGAUGUGCGUCUGUAUUAAUGCCAUGAGUUUGCUAUGCGGCUUCAUGAAUAUCUUUAAAAUUGCCUUUUUGGUGACUACCCUGCGGGAGCUCUACGAUUUUUUCCUCAAGAGGGAGAAGCCGGGUGGGGGGAGCGGCGAAACUGGCAGUAUUAACUCCAUUGGCGAACCUGUGGAGGGCAGCCCCACGGUGAAACAGCCCAGAGACAUCUUUCGUCUCUUCGACCUCUUCCAUACGCAGAAGGACGAGCACGUGGAGGAUCUCAUGAAGAUGCUGGCGCGCAUUUACGUGUAUAUAAUUAGCUACUCCCUGAAGAGGGGGACCAGACAAGCCUACGACGUCAUAUCGGUGAUCGAUAACUACGCCGAGUGCAUCCAGAAAUACGUAUUCGAUGAAGGGUUCUUUGAAGGGUUCUACAAAAAUGAGAACUUUUUGGAGCAGAACCUGAACUUGGGAAAUUUGAUAAAGGUGGAGAAGGAGAAGCUGCAGAACUGCGGCGGUGGUCGGAGGGGGGCGACGGGGAUGAACCGGUCGGAUGUUGAGGACGACGAGGAGGAAGCGCUCGAGGAGGAGCUGGAGGUGGACGUCAAGGGGGGGGUAGAAGGGGGCAGUAGGGCGGAGUUAGACGGAGAUGGGACGGUUUCUGCUUCAGUUUCGACCUCGAUGACGGCCUCGGUGGCAGUCUCCCGAGACGGGCCCGAGGUGAGGGGCGCUGUGGAGACAGGAAGCAACACCGAGGCCCAGAGCGCGCACCAACAGGUGAAGAAGAAAAACAGGGGAGUGCCACUGGAUGCGGUAGGGACGGCAACGGAGGGUGAGGGGUCGGUACGCUCGGACAAGAAGCAGGACCUGCAGUGCGCAGCCAAGCUAGUGAGCAGGAAAAAAAUAAAAUCGUUUUAUGAGCAUGUUUUCAAGUACCUGACGUAUAGAACGAUGUUAGUAGAGAGUGAAGUACUGAAUAAGUGUCUUAAUGAGAUGGAGACGAGAAAUGAAAAAUAUAAGUCCUAUCUGAAGGAAAAGGAAUUGUCCAAAAAAACCCCAGAGGAAAUUUAUACCGAUGUGUGUAGGAAAAAAAACUACACAGAUGUUCAGUCAGAUACGGAGAGUUUCAUUAUAAGUAACAUUUUUGAUAUCUUUUACAACGUUUCAAAAUUCUACCCGAAUGAUGGAGGAAGAAUCUUUGUAUUCAUUUUACAACAACUGAAUUUGAAAGAUGGAGAUGUGGUGUAUAUCAGGCCAGGAGUUAUCCACUCGUAUAUAUCUGGCCACUGCCUGGAGUGUAUGACAAAUUCGGAUUUGGUCAUCCGAGGAGGACUUACCAACAAAGAGAUGGAUAAACUGAACUUUAUCAAGUAUGUGAAUUAUAGAAGCAACUUCCCCAUCAUUCUUGAGAAGGAAUUCAUUAACUAUAAUAUCAUAUCUUAUAGUUACUACAAGCUGAAGCAUUUUCGAAUUUUAUUUUUGACGGUUCGACCAGGAGAGAGUGUCACUUUUUUAUUUUCUGACGUGAGCUUUACGUCAUGUAUCGUUUUGUCAAGCAAUCGGACUGUUAAGAUUAAAGGGAGGAAGAAUGACAAGAAGAAGGCCAGCAUUAAGGGCAUGAAGAAGGGCACUGUUUUUUUCAUUGCGCCCAGCAUCCUGGUGACGUUGGCGAACUUUUACGCGUCGGAGGCGGAUGGUGACAAGGAGCUCGUGCUGUACUGCGCCACGUCUUGA